AGUUCACUCCUUCACCGCCCGCUGUCAUUCAUGAUGUCUGCGACUCCUUCGAUGUCUGCAAUGCCUUCAACGGACAACAUGCCCUCCUUCGACCAAGCACUGGACUCGCCUGUCUCGCCAUCCCCGAGCCUGCGUCCAUUCUAUGUCAUUUCGUUGUCUUACUUGCUCUUCACGCUGACCGAUGGCGCUCUCCGGAUGAUCGUCCUCAUGCAAGCAAACGACAUUGGCUUCUCUGCCUUUGAAAUCGCCCUCAUGUUUGUCCUUUACGAGCUCUGUGGCGUCGUCACCAACCUCCUGGGUGGCGUGCUUGCAUCGCGGCUUGGAUUACGUACAACCCUUCUAUGCGGUUUGGUGCUCCAGUGCGUUGCGUGCGGUCUUCUGAUGCCCUUCUCAACUCCAGCCGACUGGCAGCACCUCGGAUCGCGCUCAGCUCAGAUCGCCUACAUCAUGUUCACUCAGUCGUUUGCCGGCAUGGCCAAAGAUCUCGUCAAGCUGAGUGGCAAGUCUGUCACCAAACUGGCCAGCCCACAGGGUGACAACAGCCGACUGUUUUAUCUCGUCUCCCGGCUGACUGGGUUCAAGAACGAGGUCAAGGGCCUGGGGUUUUUCGUUGGCACUGCGCUCCAACGCCUUGGUGGUUUCAUUGUCGCCCUCAGUGUGCUUGGGGUGGUUGUGUUGCUCGCAAUUGUGCCAUCCACCGCUUUUUUGUCGCCCACUGUUGGUCGCUCCCGAGGACCUCGCAUCAACUGGCACCGGGUCUUCCACAAGGGAGCUGAUUUCAACCUGCUGUGUGCCGCGAGACUCUUUCUUUUCGGUUCGCGCGACAUUUGGUUUGAGGUUGCCCUCCCAAUCUACAUGAAAAACAUCCUUGGCUGGGACACACUUUUGGUGGGCUGCUUCCUUGCCGGUUGGACGGUCGUUUAUGGUCUCGUGCAGUCUUACUCCAAGGAGUUGGCGCUCCAGCCGCUCAAGCAAUUUCCACCGGAACCACGCCAUGCCUGGCCCUGGGCCAGCGUGCUUUCUGCGCUGGCCACGCUUGUUGCAGCUGGCAUGACGGGUGUUCGCUAUUCUGGCUCCAGCGAUGCAGCGACCGGCGUCAUUAUUACUGGGCUCGCCCUUUAUGCAAUUUUGUUUGCCGUCAAUUCAUCCACCCACUCGUAUCUGGUCGUUUUGCUUUCCGACCAUGACAAGGUGGCGAUGGACGUCGGCUUUUACUACAUGGCUAAUGCCGCAGGUCGGCUGCUUGGCACGCUUCUCGGCGGAGUGUUGUACUCUUUCUACGAUGUCGGGGACUCGCAACUCGUCCUGUCGGCGUCAGGGAACUAUACGCUCGGGCCUGAAUUCGAUUGGACGGCGCGCACGGCCUCGUUUUCUGCCUGCUUGUGGGGCGCUGCAGUUCUCGGCAUCAUUUCCACCGUUUUCGGCGUUGUGAUGAAGCGUGUUGUAAAGCCGGCAGGCUCUGAAUAGACCAACGAAUAAUAUGCGAAUCUCGAACUGCAU